ACCCUCAUAACACUCUCUCUCUCUCUCUCUCUCUCUCUCUCUCUCUCUCUCUCUCUCAGGGGUUUGAAGUGAAAACCAUUUGGUAUUAUGAGAUAUGUUUUGUAAUAUCACUUUCUCUCUCUCUCUUCUUUUCACCAUACUUAAUGUGCAUGGUUUCUUGCUCUAGAAGCAUAGCAAGCCUUUUGAAGUUGUGGACUUAAUUUGUUUUUCCUGUCCUUGAUUUCGUUUUUAUUUUUUUUAAGAUCCUUCUUAUUUUCUUACUAGGUGUGGUUUUAAUUCCAAAUGAAGAAGAUUUCAGAUAAGAGUUGUAAAGAGUGCGAAAAGUGGGAGGAACAUUUCUAUUGGAAUCAUUUGGAUGAGCACAAGAUGCAUUUUUUUAAGGUCAUGGUUGAGGAUUUCACAAAAUGCAUGAGCAUGCCAAAGAAGUUUGUGGAUAAUUUCAAUGGGCAAAUAUCCAAUGUUGUUGAUCUAAAGACUCCUAGUGGCGACAUAUGGAAAAUUGGAGUGACCAAGUCUCAGGAUAACAUAAUUCUCCAAUCCGGCUGGACGGAGUUCAUCGCCGCUCAUCGGAUAGAGAAGAAUGAUCUUCUGUUUUUUACGUGCAACGGAAAUUCUUCCUUUGAAGUCGCAAUCUGCGACGACAGUGGUUGUGAGAAAGCCUCUCCUUUUUUCGCGAAGAAGGAUGCCCGCAAAACCGGAGAAGGGGACGGUGCAACUCCUGCGCAGACAAGAAAUGAAGGGAAUCGGCGCCGCAAGGUGAUCGAGCUCUGUUCUUCGGGCAGUUCCAGUGAGAAUGACGUCGCACCGAAGAUCUCUCGCAAGACAUUAUGUGCUAACAGCAAGACGGCAAAUCGAAUCGACUGUGAUGUCUCGAGCCAUGGUGGGGCAAUCUCAGGAACAAAUGAGAAGCACAAAGUCCCUUCAAAGAGGCCCAGGGGCAGGCCUAGAAAAUAUAUUGAGUCUUCGAAAGGCGUCGAACAUGUUGUAAAGAGUGAGUCCCAAGAGUCGUGCAAGUGCAAGGAAGAGACGCCCGGCAGUGCUCCCUAUUACUCGUCUAGGAGUCUGCAGUUAACACCGUCGCAAGACAAAAAAGUGUCGAAGUUGGCCCUUGCCCUCCUCCCAAAUCCUUCUUUUGCAUCAGUCAUGUAUCCGAGCAACGCCGCCAUCAAGAACUGCUUUCUGAACAUUCCAAAGUGCUUUGCUAAGGCACACCUGCCGCGAAGAAGCGAGCGGAUCAUCCUCAAGAUUCCAAACAAGAGAGAGACGUGGACGUGUUCGUAUAUUUUCGCGACAAGAUUGCAAGGCAUCUACGGAGGUUGGAGCGAUUUCGUGCACGACAACAAUUUGCGCAAGGGAGAUACUUGCCUCUUCGAACAAAUGAAGGGCAUGAAAACGCUAACACUCACCGUUCACAUCAUCUGGAAAAAGGAGAAGCUACAGAGUAGUCUCUCUCUUUGUGAUUUUUUACACAAUAGCUCUCUCUCUCUCUCUCUCUCUCUCUCUCUGAUUUUUUACACAACAAUGGCUUUUAACUACAAGAAUACCCAGAGGGGGACUUCGAUGUUCCAGAUGUUUGAGGGCUUUGAGAGCUGCAGAGAAUGCAGGGAGUGGAAGGAGCAUUUCUACUGGAACCAUCUGGACAAGCAGAGGACACGUUUUUACACGCGUAUGGUUGGAGAUUUCACACAACGCAUGACAAUACCGAAGAACUUCGCGAACCGUUUCAGCGAAAAAAUCUCCGAAGUCGUCGAUCUUAAGCCUCCGAGUGGUAAUAUUUGGCAAGUCGGCGUUACGAAGUCUCCAGACGGCAUAAUUCUUGUGUCUGGUUGGAAGGAGUUCGUCGAAGCUCACCGCGUAGAGGAGAGCGACCUGCUGCUUUUCAAGUUGAUUGGAACCUCUUCUUUCGAAGUUGUAAUCUUUGACGCUAGUGGUCAUGAGAAAGCGUCUUCGCUUUUUGCGACGAAGAAGGAUCCUCAGAUGGGAGAAAGCAAUGCAGUUUCUGUGGAGAUCAUCAGCGUGGAGAAUAUUCAUGAAGUGAUUGCUAUCAGUUCCUCGACCAAUUCUAGCGAGGUUCAUGCGAAACCUGCGAAUUGUGGCGUUCGGCGCACCGGCUUGGAUUGUGGCGGCAGGCCUAGGAAAGAUGUCGGGCCUUCGAAAGGAGCUGAACAUGAUCAAAAGAGUGAGUUUUCCGCUUCAGAUGAGCGUGAGCACGAGCUGCAUUUGGAGCUCCCUUAUCGGAGCCCCCCUUUACCCGAUUGGCAGGAGAAGAAGCUGUCGGCGUUGGCUCUGGCCGCUCGGCCAAAUCCUACUUUCGUCGCGAUCAUGCACUGGAGCAACAUCACUGCCAAAAGUAACUUCGUGAACAUACCAAAAAAAUUUGCUGAUGCACACCUUCAGCCGAGAAGUCACGAGAUUGCUCUAAAAAUACCCAAUGGGACCAAUAAAUGGUUCGUGUCGUACAUCCUCGGAAGCGAUAGGCGAGGCAUCUGCGGAGGUUGGAAGGGGUUUGCGGCCGAUAACAACUUGAGGAAGGGGGAUAUCUGCCUCUUUGAACUGAUGAAGAACAGCGGCGUGCCCACGAUGACUGUUCAUAUCAUCUGAAGUAAUUCGGCAACAA